UGAGGUGUUUGGCGGCCACAGUCGUCGCUCAGGCCGUGGAGGGUUCGGAGGUGAGGGGGUCUUCUCCGGGGUGAGGCCUCGGGAGACCACUGCUUUCCUUCAGACUUGGGCCUAGUAUCCUUCUCGGCACCAUGCGUCUCCUGCGGUGCCUCUUAAAGGGCCAGUCGGCUCUGGCCGGCGCACCCAAGUACAUCGAGCACUUCAGCAAAUUCUCGCCGUCGCCGCUCUCCAUGAAGCAGUUCCUUGACUUCGGGUCCAGUAAUGCCUGCGAGAAGACCUCAUUCACUUUUCUCCGUCAAGAACUUCCUGUCCGGCUUGCCAACAUCAUGAAGGAAAUCAAUCUUCUCCCAGAUCGAGUGCUGAGCACCCCUUCUGUUCAGUUGGUGCAGAGCUGGUAUGUGCAGAGUUUGCUGGACAUCAUGGUGUUCCUGGAUAAGGACCCUGAAGAUUCUGCGGCCCUUGGACAAUUCACCAAUGCCCUGGUCACAAUUCGAAACCGUCAUAACGAUGUAGUCCCCACCAUGGCACAGGGUGUGAUUGAGUACAAGGAGGCUUAUGGGGAUGACCCUGUCUCCAACCAGAACAUCCAAUAUUUCCUGGACCGCUUCUACCUUAGCCGCAUCUCCAUUCGUAUGCUCAUUAAUCAACAUACCUUGAUUUUUGAUGGCAGCACCAACCCGGCCCAUCCCAAGCACAUCGGCAGCAUUGAUCCCAACUGCAAUGUUUCAGAGGUAGUUAGAGAUGCGUAUGACAUGGCCAAGCUGUUGUGUGACAAAUAUUACAUGACUUCUCCUGACUUAGAGAUCCAGGAAGUAAAUGCCCCUGGAACCAGACCCCAUCCAUGGCUUACUAACCAGCUCGACCAGUCCAUCCACAUGGUUUAUGUCCCAUCUCACUUGUACCACAUGCUCUUUGAACUGUUCAAGAAUGCCAUGAGAGCCACUGUUGAAAGCCAUGAAUCCAGCCCCAGAUUGCCACCCAUAAAAGUAAUGGUGGCAUUGGGGAAUGAAGAUCUCUCUAUCAGGAUGAGCGACCGAGGAGGUGGAGUCCCUCUCCGGAAGAUUGAACGGCUCUUCAGCUACAUGUAUUCCACAGCACCCAAACCAGAACUGGGCACUGGUGGGACACCCUUGGCUGGCUUUGGCUAUGGGCUGCCUAUUUCCCGACUCUAUGCCAAGUAUUUCCAAGGUGACCUUCAACUCUUUUCCAUGGAGGGCUUUGGAACAGAUGCUGUCAUCUACUUGAAAGCCUUGUCAACGGACUCUGUGGAGAGGCUUCCAGUGUACAACAAGUCGGCUUGGCGUCACUACCAAACUAUCCAGGAAGCUGACGAUUGGUGUGUUCCCAGUACUGAACCGAAGAACACAUCUACUUACCGGGUGACCUAAGUCAAGCUUUCAUUUGCGAGAGAAAAAGGCCUCUUCCCUUGCCUCCAAAAGAGAAACACUAAACCUUUGUGUGGGAAUGGACAGACAGACAGACAGACAAAACAGUAAUCGCCAGCACGAAUCCACCUUGUGUUGUAACUUCUUAACAGAUAUUUCUUCUCGACUGGACUGACUAGUGCAUCAGCCUGUCAGAAGCCUGAUUACUUUCUCAGUUUUAUUUUGGGAAAUAUGUAGCAUAGAUUUUUCACCAUAUUGCCAUAGUCUUGCAUGGGACCUCUCCUUCUUGUCCAGUCCUGUUUGACAAAUUGGGAUUUGCCUCCUAAAGAUCUUUUUUAUGUUUUGUUUUGCUUUCAAAAGUCAUGUUUGGUGUUUGCUCACAACCUUUUAAUAAUCCUUAACCAUAAAAUGGAGGGAUUGUAGACCCUGAAAGGCUGGUUAUGAAUCUUUUGAAAGGAAUGAAGUGAUUCUAUAGAAGAAAACGAUGGCAAAGGCUGAUUGUUUUGAGCUGAUCAUGUUAACAUUUCCUGGUGUAGACACAAAGUCCUGGCUGCAGAGUAGGGAAUGUGAAAUUCGGAUAUGUACAGACAAGUCAGUGAAAACCAAGAGACUGUUUUUGUGGGGAGGGUAUCAGGAGAGAAAAAUAGUGCUUGGGUAUUUUUGCAUUAUAAUCUCUAUACUUUCCCAAGCACAUGGAAGAAUCUCCCAAAUUAAAAGCAGCAGCAUGAGAGUUUAAAUAGUGCAAUAGAAAAUCCUGAUGAAGUGUAAAAAGAAUUGCUUUGGCCAACAUUGAUGCAAUCAGAUAUUUUCCUUCUUUGAGGUUUUUUUUUCCUCUCCACUGAUUGGUCUUGUUCACCAUGGGCAGAAAUGGCCAAUUUGCCUGGCUUUGCUCAGCAGCUAGUGAGAUUUAUGUUGGAUUGUGAUACUUCUCUUUGUAACAAAGGGGGGCUGUUUGUAUCCAGGAAAUUCGUAGGGACAGCAAGGGAGCAGGAGUUCUCUUCAUUAUCAUAGCCUUUUCAUGAAAGGAAGUGGAGUUAUUUGGGUUGGCUUUAUGAUGGUGAAGCCCUUUGUGAUUGUCGCUGAUGUUGCACAAUUGUUCUUGUAGCAAGAGAGAAAAGUUGGAGUAGAAGAAAUGGCGAGGUGGGAGCCAGACGUAAAGUGGACUAGCUCCCAGAAUCCCCAAGUCAAUAUGUCUAGGCUUGUUGGGGACACUGUAAAAAUGUUACUUUUUCAAGCCCUGGGCCUACUUCUUUGGGGUGGGAGAUUGAGAAGAGUCCUCAGAAUUCCCUACCCUCCAGUUGUAGCAGGAUAAGUGGGUAAAGUAUUUAUGUUCUGAGGGGACUCUGAGCUAUGUACCUCCAGUAUUAGCAAAAGGACUGCCUACAAACUGUUUGCAGAAGCAUCAUAUACUUUCUAGUACAGUGAUGGGAAAUUGAAUGUGAGGCUGGGGCCAGUUUUCCUCCAGAUCUCCAAAGUUUGAGAUCUGGAGAAACCCCAAAUACCUACCUGAUAUCCCCUUCUGCAGUCUCUCAAAAUGGUGGCAUGUUGUUUUGCUUCCUGUCACCCUUUGAGAGGGACUGCAGUGUAAAUCAAAUAAUUCAGAAUAGUACAGAUUUCUGGGCUGCUCACGGGGAUAGAGCAUUUUCACAUGCUUUCAUGUUUUCUGCCUGAUUGGCAGGCAAAAAUUGCCCCAAAAGCCCACUGAAAAUAUUAAUAAAAAUUUGGGGGGCAGGACCAUAGAAAUAGGUCUGCAUGUCGUGCAUAACCACUGUGCCCAUCACGAAUAUAGUGGAGGUUUUGAGACUGUAGAACUCUGCUUCCCCAGCUACUGUUGCCAUUUUUCUAUCUUCCUCACAAUCCCCACCCCAGUGGCUCUUGCCUGUGGUUAUCAGUCUUAGCAAGUGGAAAUGCAAAGAUGCAAGAGCAGAUUUGACUCCUGGAAUAGGAACUGUAGUUGAUGCCUAUCCUUCCAGUAGGCAUCAUCUGUGCCCCUAAACCCUUCACACCUCACACCUUUCUUUGGGCAGGGGAGGGGGUGGACCAACCACCCAAAACCAGCCUCUCCUUCCUUUCAUCUCCUUCACCCCACUGGCAUGCUCUUGGAUUGUCUGGAAAAUUUACCUGUACAUAUAAAUACAUAUAUUUUUUAUUCUCUGUGUGUUCUCAGACAUGUUCAAGACACAAAUUCUGCCAUGAUAUUCUUUGUUCACUGGUUGGUUAAGAAAAAAUAUAAUUAAAGAACCAUGAAACUUGAAAUCUA